UUAUCAAUUGUUGAUGUGUAUUUAGAUUCCUCUUUAGACAUAUAAUGUAUGUGGAUGAUUUCUGAAAGCAAAGACUAUGUUCUUCGUUUCUCUGUUUAUAUAAAGAGUAUCUAGAGAAACUAUUGCUAACACAAACUAUUGGCAAAGAUGUCCACCAAUAAGCAGUCUUUCAAGGUCUGCUUCUGUUUCAGAAGAAUAUUUAGGCUCAAGGUGGCAGAGCCUCCGGAAGAUAUCAAGAAAAUGUUUGAUAUGUAUGCCGAAAAUGGUACCAUCUCCCUCGAUGACCUUCACAGCUUUCUGAUUGAGUUUCAAGGAGAAGGUGAGGCCACCAAAGAAGAUGCUCAGGCCAUUUUCAACAGUCUCAAACAUCUCAACAUUUUUCAAAGAAAAGGCCUCCAUCUUGAUGCCUUCUUUCGAUAUCUCUUUGGUGAUCUUAACCCUCCAAUCUCUUCAAAGGUGCAUCAUGACAUGAAAGCUCCAUUGGCUCAUUAUUUCCUAUACACCGGCCAUAACUCAUACCUGACGGGAAAUCAACUCAGCAGUGACAGUAGUGUCUUCCCAAUCAUCCAGGCACUCCAACGAGGCGUUCGAGUUAUUGAAUUAGAUUUGUGGCCUAAUUCUAAAAAGAAUGGCGUCGAGGUUCGUCAUGGAGGGACUUUGACUAGUUCGGUUGAUCUCAUCAAAUGCUUGCGUGCUAUUAAGGACAAUGCUUUUACUGCUUCUGAAUAUCCUGUUGUUAUAACAUUUGAAGACCACUUAACUUCAGAUCUUCAAGCUAAAGUAGCCAAGAUGGUGACUGAAACAUUUGGAGAUAUGCUCUACGUCCCUAACUCGGAAUUUUUAAUGGAAUUCCCUUCACCUGAAAUAUUAAAGAGAAAGGUUUUGAUUUCAACCAAGCCGCCAGAGUAUCAUGAAACUCAGAGGUCUGGAGCCACUGAUAAGGAUAGUGACCAAGAUGAUCCAGAAGAAGAUGAGGAGAAUGCUACUCUACAAUAUAAGCAGUUAAUUGCAAUCCAUGCUGGAAAACCGAAAGGGGGGUCAGCAGGGGGGUUCGAUAUGUGGCAUAUUGAUCCCAUGAAAGUCAGACGUCUUAGCUUGAGCGAGCAACAACUCGAACGUGCAUCAAGAACUCGUGGAACAGAUAUUGUUAGGUUUACACAAAGAAAUAUGUUAAGGAUAUAUCCCAAGGGUACACGUUUGGACUCAUCAAAUUAUGACCCUAUGCUUGGAUGGAGCCAUGGAGCUCAGAUGGUCGCAUUCAAUAUGCAAGGACAUGGAAAGCACCUUCAUAUUAUGGAAGGAAUGUUCAGAGCUAAUGGAGGUUGUGGUUAUGUGAAAAAACCUGAUUUUUUACUUACCAGCGGUCCAGAUAAUGAGGUUUUCAAUCCUGAAAAAUCGUACCGAGUUAGGCAAAUCUUUAAGGUAAAAGUUUACAUGGGCGAAGGAUGGCAUUCAGAUUUCCACCGCACACACUUUGAUCUUUAUUCUCCACCGGACUUUUUCGUGAGGGUUGGAAUUGCUGGAGUCCCAAAGGACACAAUAAUGUUGGAGACCAAGCCGAUCGAGGACGAAUGGAUUCCAGUGUGGAAUGAGGAGUUCAGCUUCCCAUUGAGUGUUCCAGAACUAGCUGUGCUUAGAGUUGAAGUUAAAGAGUAUGACAAUUCCGGAAAUCAUGACUUUGGUGGCCAAACAUGUCUGCCAAUAUCAGAGCUCAGAACUGGGUUCAGAGCAGUUCCUCUGCAUAGUAAAAGAGGGGUAAGGUAUAAAUCUGUGAAGCUGCUUAUGAAAUUUGAGUUUGAAAGUCCUGAGUGAAGUAUAUGGUAUCUCAUUCUCUGCUUCUACUGUAAUCUAUUUACAUGUGAAAACUAAAUGAACUACAGCACAUUGUGUUUCCAUUAUCAAAACCUGGAAUACUAUUAAGGCAAGUAAUUGAAGGUCUGCUACAAAUUUUCUGGCAUUAAAAUAUGAAAGUUCUCCAUGUGUAGAAUUUGUUGUUUAUAUUAAACCACCACCAUGGGACUUCUGAAUUCAGGCUAGUUGACUUGAAAAAGAAAAAAGGAAAAGCUUGUGCUAAAAAU